GUCACAUAUUUGCAUGCCCAUACCUUUUCCAUAACACAUAUUCUUUUUUGUCAAACAAUAUGGGUCUCUCUUGUAUUAAGUAUUUUUCCCUUGUUCUUUAUGUAUCAAUUGAUUGAUUUUAAUCAAGUCCACUAAAUGACACUGCUUAUUCCAACUCCUUAGCAAGAGUAGUUUUUUCCUUUAUAAUUCAUGAGAUUAUGCUAUUAGGAAGCAUGGAUAAAGAACCAAUAUCAGAAGUAUGUUGAAAACACGGGAAAUCGAAGCCCAACUGAGUCCAUGAUACUCAUGUCAACUAGAUGUGACGUGAGAGAGGCUUUGUCCUACUCGUGCCUUGGUGGGGUGGUAGAAACUUAUGGAUGACAGAUGACUAAAUCCUUUCAUCAAUUCCUACGCGUGUUUGAGUUACUAUGCCGUUCGCCCCCUCCUCCACAUUUUUUUGCGUAGCAGAAAGGCAAUGUUCGUCAUGAGAUGACAUAAUUGCCCAUAGAUUCACUAAUCAAUAACAGCCUUAAAAAACCUAGCUUUGAAGAUGUAAUGGUUGAGCCUUCCUACAUUGUGCUCUAGUGAUGGUAAACACUCAUUCACCCAACUACAUUUGCCAAUCUAUAAAAACCCACCUCUCUUCUUCUCCAUUUCCAACCAUUCCAUUACAUCACCUCUCCUCUCUCUUUCUGUCCAUUUGUCAAAUACUACAAGUAGAUCAUGGGUGUUGUCACAGUCACUGAAGAUAUCUCCAGCCCAAUCCCAGCAGCAAGGCUCUUCAAGGCUCUGAUCCUCGAUGCCGACAACCUAAUGCCCAAAAUUGCCCCCCAAGCCAUUAAAAACAUCGAAACAAUCGAAGGAGAUGGAGGCCCUGGCAGCAUCAAGCAAAUGAACUUUGCGGAAGGAAGUCAUUUCAAAUACGUGAAGCACAAGAUCGAUGCAUUGGACAAGGAAAAGUUGACUUACGCAUAUACGUUGAUUGAAGGCGAUGCUUUGAUGGAUAAGCUUGAGUCCAUUUCUUAUGAGGUGAAGCUCGAGCCAUCUCCCAAUGGUGGGUGCAUUGGUAAGAACAUUAGCACGUACCAUACCAAACCAGGCGUUGAGAUCAAAGAGGAGGAAAUCAAGGCCGGGAAAGCGCAGGCGUCGGGCAUUUUCAAGGCCGUGGAAGCUUAUCUCAUAGCGAACCCCGACACCUAUGUUUGAUUCGAUCGAUUGCAGAUUUUUCUGCUAUAUGGAGGCAAAUUAUUUCCUACUCUUUUGUUUCGUGUUACUAAAUGUGGCUCAAGUGUGUCAGCUUGCUGGCGAAAUGCAACACUUUUGGCUUGAUAAAUAAAUGUAUUUGGGUAAUAAUCUAGAGAGUUGUGUGUAAUGUUUGGCUGUAAUAAAAAGCCGUUUGGAUCUUAUGAAAUAUGCCUCAAAUGAA